AUGGGCUGCGUGAACUGCAGAGCAUUGAAAUUGCUGAGGAGCUGCCGGAAAAAUGCGGAGGAGGCUUCAGGUGAGAAGAAAGGGGAGCCUCGAGCCGUGGCUGAGCAGACACCUGUAGCACCAAAUGCCUACACCGCCACCUCCGCGGCAAAUCCUUUCCCUUCUGCUGAGCGCAAGGAUACGGCGCCACCGCAGACAGAUGUUUCUGCUGAUGUUGCUCCUGAAGAAGCCGUGAGGGAUCGAGGAUGGGGCUCAAAAGAGGAAGGCAACAGCAAAGGCACUGCCGGCACGGACAGCGGUAGCAUCAAGGCAUCAUUGGAUGGAGAGUUAGGGGCGACAGAAUCUUCAAAGUCCAACGGGGAAACGAGCGAAGAACGCAAGGACAAUCGUCAGCGCCGCCGUAACUUCGGAGGCAACUCCAGCAGUGGCAUUUCGUUGUCUUUUUCAAUAAAUGAUGCGGAGUCUGCGAAGGACCGCAGCAGCAGUUCACAAGCGCACAAGAGCACGAAAGGCAGAGAGGAAAAAGCGAAGAAGCACGGCAGCUCCAGUAGUACCAUUACCGCAGAGGUGUGUUUGCAAGGAACCAAAGAUGACAUAGUGGCACACAGUCAGCACCACAGUGAACCUUACUCACAGGCGACGGGAGCAGGGUCGUCGACCAACGGCGUGACAGUAGCCGGAACCAUCAGCUCCAUCAACUUGCACCAGGCGGGGGGGUCGACGAUUGACCACGGAAGCAGCAACGCCUCGCUUGAUGUUUGCAGUAGUGCCGCGCCUGCAGUGAUGGAUACAAAGAUUUGCCAGAGCGAGGACGCCCCGAAUGACGACGCUGGCCGUGGGGGAAAGACCAGGCGCUAUGUCCCAGCCGUGGUACCGGCGCUGGCCCCCAGCAUGCAAAACGGACGCGCAGCGACUGAGGUUUCUUACGUGUCUAGCCGCACGUCUUUUGAACCGUAUAGCGACUUUGGGCCCCGCGACGGGGAUGACUAUUUGCCACCGUAUGAGUGGGCGCCACGAGCGCUUCCUGUGUCAUCCCCUCUGCGGGCCCGUGGUCCAGUCGACAUGGCGCGGUGGGAAUAUGGGGAGAAUCAGCUUUAUGGGUUAACUGUUGCAGGCGAGACCGCUUGCUUUCAGGACCCUAUGCUGAGCUUCGCUGAUGAAGAUGCUACGGUGUCUGACCCUGUGACCCCCGAGGUCAAUUAUGGCGCUUCAUAUCUCAGCUUGCACACAUUUUACCCCCGCUUGCCGCCAGCGCGGGGGCCCUCAUCCAAUGCCGAGGGCAAUGACAAUAUGUCCAGAGAACCCGCAGAGGCAUUCAACUACCCGAGUGUGUCUGUGGAUGGGCUCAUUCAGAAAGCGUAUUCUCAUCAGCAGCAGCCCACCUACCAGGCGAUGUACGGAUGCAAUAUGGAUGCCCACUACUCUCCUGCCGAGUACACCGCGAAUGAGACGACACCACCAGCUCUUGUUGAUGUAAAUGUCUCCGAGAAUGGCGACUACACACCGCCACUACCUGUGAAGACGGCGCACCCCUUCUACCCUUCUAUUCUUCCGCCGACGCAGCGCAGUCGUGAGGGGCCUCACGGAGUCACUGGCAAGCCUACUACUUACCCCCACGCCCUUCCCACGAUGGCCAUAGCCGCCCCGCACGUCUCUGAGAACAGCGACCGCAGCCGUAGCGGUAACUCCAAUGUCGCUAGCAUCCAAGUAGGCUCAUAUCUGUACAAGCCUGUCACGUACCUCUUCGACAGAUCCAUCGAUGACUGGUUGGCAUCGCGACGCGUGCCUUCGUCGAAGACUGAGUCGUACGCUGGGGUGGCCGACAUGUGGUGA